UCAAUAAGCACAAACCAUGGAUUGAGACGACAUAUCACGGGAUUGUGACGGAAAAUGAUGACAAAGUUAUUCUGGACCCUCCUCUAAUUGCACUGGACAAGGACGCUCCUUUACGCUAUGCAGAGAGUUUUGAGGUGACCCUUACCAAAGAAGGUGAGAUUUGCGGCUUCAGGAUCCACGGGCAGAAUGUCCCCUUCGAGGCGGUGGUCCUGGACAAAUCCACUGGCGAAGGAGUCAUCAGGGCCAAGGACAAGCUGGACUGUGAGCUACAGAAAGAGCACACCUUCACCAUCCAGGCCUACGAUUGUGGAGAAGGUCCCGAUGGUGCCAACAUGAAGAAAUCACACAAGGCGACUGUCCACAUCCAGGUGAAUGACAUCAACGAGUACUCCCCAGUGUUCAAGGAGAAAACCUACAAAGCCACUGUUAUUGAGGGAAAGAAGUACGACAGCAUCCUGAGAGUGGAGGCUGUGGAUGCUGACUGCUCCUUCCAGUACAGCCAAAUCUGCAACUACGAGAUYGUGACCCCCGACGUCCCCUUCACUGUUGACAAAGAUGGCUUUAUCAAGAACACAGAGAAACUGAGCUAUGGCAAAGAGCACAUGUACAAGUUGACUGUGACCGCAUACGACUGUGGAAAGAACCGAGCUUCCGAAGACGUGCUGGUCAAGAUCAGCGUCAAGCCUACCUGCAAACCCAGCUGGCAAGGCUUCAACAAACGAAUUGAGUAUGAGCCUGGCACAGGUAGCCUGGCCCUUUUCCCCAGCAUGCACUUGGAGACCUGUGAUGUGCCAAUCACCUCCAUCCGGGCCAGUAUCGAACUUGAAACCACCCACAUUGGAAAGGGCUGUGAUCGCGACACCUACUCUGAGAAGUCUCUGCACAAGCUGUGUGGGGCCAGCUUUGGCACUGUGGAGCUCCUUCCUGCACCAAGCAGCUCUGCCAACUGGACUGUUGGUCUGCCCACAGAUAAUGGACACGACAGUGACCAGGUGUUUGAGUUCAAUGGCACCCAGGCCAUCAAAGUUCCUGAUGGUCUGGUGAGCACCAAYAUGAAGGAGCCCUUCACCAUCUCUGUGUGGAUGAGGCACGGCCCCGGUGCCCACGAGAAAGAAACCAUCCUCUGUAACUCAGACAAAACAGAUAUGAACAGGCAUCACUAUUCGUUCUACGUCCACAACUGCCGGCUGAUCUUCCUCCUGCGCCAGGAUCCAUCAGAGGCUGAGAACUACAAACCAGCCGAGUUCCACUGGAAACUGGACCAGGUGUGUGACAAAGAGUGGCAUCACUACGUGCUCAAUGUGGAGUUCCCCACCGUUUCUCUCUUCGUGGACGGAACCACCUUUGAGCCUUUCAUGGUCACAGAGGACUACCCACUGCACGCCUCAAAGAUCGAAACUCAGCUCACAGUUGGUGCCUGCUGGCAAGAAAACUCAGGACAUGACAAUGACACUGAAACGGUCCCUGAGACCACCUCAGGCGGAAAUGCCCGGAUGGCUCAGUUUUUCCGAGGGAAUCUCGCAGGACUGAUCAUCCGCUCCGGAAAGCUGGAGAACAAGAAAGUGAUUGACUGUUUGUACACCUGCAAAGAAGGACUCGACGUGCAGCUGCCUGAGGAGGUGGCUUCAGCUGUCAAGGUUGAGUUCAACCCAAACCAGUCCUCACUGACUGUGGAAGGUGAUGAUAUCGGUGCCUUCGACAAAGUCAUGCAGCACAUCUCCUACUUAAACUCUCGUCAGUUCCCGACGCCAGGCAUCAGACACCUUCGCAUCUCCACCACCGUCAAGUGUUUCAACGAGGACAGCUGCGUAACCGUUCCAGACGCUGAAGGCUACGUGAUGGUGCUGCAGCCGGAGGAACCGAAAAUCAGCCUGAGCGGCAUCGACCACUUCGCUCGCAGUGCUGCUGAGUUCGAGAGCCCAGAAGGAGUGACCCUGUUCCCAGAGCUUCGCAUCGUGAGCACCAUCACUCGGGAAGUGGAGCCCGACGUGGAGUCUGAAGCCACAGAGGGAGCCGACGAUGACCCCACUGUCCAAGAGACGGUUGUAUCAGAGGAGAUCAUGCACAACUUGGACACGUGUGAGGUGUCUGUGGUGGGAGAUGAUCUGGACGGAGAACACGAGAGCUUGGAGUUGGACCAGUCCCAGCUGCAGCAGCGCGCCCUGGAGAUGAGGUCAUCGAACCUGGGCCUUGUCAUCACCGGUGUGAACACCAUGGCAAACUACGAGCAGGUCCUGCACCUGAUCCGCUACAAGAACUGGCACACCGAGGCUCUCUUUGACAGGAAAUUCAAGCUGGUCUGCUCCGAGCUCAACGGUCGCUACAUCAGCAACGGCUUCAAGGUCGAGGUUAAUGUGAUCCACACUGCCGAUCCUGUGGAGCACGCCAACAACGCCAUGGUGCAGGCCAACUUUAUUAACCCCGUUCAUCACGCCUCCGUGGACCUGUCUGGUCACAAUCUGGUCAACGCCCACCAGGCCUCAGUGGUUCCCAGUGCUGCCACCAUUGUGAUUGUGGUGUGUGUGAGCUUCCUGGUGUUUAUGAUCAUCCUGGGCGUGUUCCGCAUCCGAGCUGCGCACCAGCGCACCAUGAGAGACCAGGAGAGCGGCAAGGAGAACGAGAUGGACUGGGACGACUCGGCCCUCACCAUCACAGUUAACCCCAUGGAGACGUAUGAGGACCAGCACAGCAGCGAGGAGGAGGAAGAGGAGGAGGAGAGCGAGGAUGGAGAGGAGGAAGAUGACAUCACGAGCGCUGAGUCAGAGAGCAGCGAAGACGAGGAGGGCGGGGAGCCGGAAGACCAGCAGGGGACCAGCAGACAGCAGCAGCUGGAGUGGGACGACUCCACCCUCACCUAUUAAAACGAAACCCUACAUAAGCUCUGAUACACACACACACACACACACACACACACACACACACACACACACACACACACACNCACACACACACACACACACACACACACACACACACACACACACAAACACACACACAGAUAAAGCCGAGUCACACUCACCGCUUCACGCACUCCAUGCAGUUUCAUGUUUAGGAGCCAUGAUGUAAAAAAAGAAAAAAAAUUCCUUCAGCAUAUAAGGUCAAGGCUUUCCUGUUGUUAUCUUAGUGGUGGUACUCAGUGUAGUGUAUUCAUCACCAGAUUGCUGAUGUUCACUUUUCUUUUCUUUUUUAUAUAUAUAUAUUUAUUAUACUUUAAUUCCUUGGAAAAACUUGGCCUACAUUUGUUUUGAACUGUGUGAGGAAGCCAACCCUGCACUUUUUUUUGUUCUCUCUCAGACRCUCAGAAAGAGAAUCCUUUGGAUUUCCUGAUGUAUAUUCUUUGCUAAUGCUUUUUAGGUUCGCUAAUUUCUUUUGUAGCUUUCGACUUUGGGUUUUCUUGAAUUGUAGUACACGGUGGAACAAGUAGGCUGCUUUUUCUCUCUCUCUUUUUUUUAUUUGACUUUAUUUAGUGCAUGAGGAAAUUUGGGGAGUCUUACGUGUAGAGAAACAAGUUGCUUUUUAAAAAUCUUGUAAAUAUGAGAAAAACAACAUGUAAUUAGUCGAUGUGUCAGUAAAGGCCCGCUGAAUCGGGUCGGAUAUCUAAAAAGACGCAGUACGCAAUGUAGAAUAUUUGUGUCACACAGGCUGUUAGCAUGUCGCUGAAUUUCUGCAGAAGCUAUUCCAUCAUGCUUGUACAAAAAGUCUGCCUCGUGAGGAGAAACCCAGGACUGUUAUGUGGAGGUUUCCAUGACAAAUUGGUGUCCAUUUUGUCUUUUUUGUUUUUUUUAUUUUUGCAAGGCGUGAAAUCGAUUAUUAUUAUUAUUAUUUUUGCUUUCUUGUAGGCAGGACCGCUUAAUGGUUUUCAGCUUCAUACAGGCUUCGCUUUGCUUGCACAGGUGGCAACGCUCUACCCCUGGUGUUCAUGUUUAUUUCAGUAGAGCUCACUGUUGUACAGUUAAGAGUUUUUUUUUUUUUUUUGUCAAAGAGUAAUCACGUUUGGAAUUAUGCUAAUAUACAAAUCAACAUUUGGUGCGAUACUUGGGAAACAGCAGGAAGGCGAGGCUGUUUGUUUUCACAUACUGGUGGUGAUUUGGACAAGCAGAGGUUUAUUUAGCAGCUUUUCACUCCUGUUGCGCUGACAAGAGUAAGAUGAAAUAAAACUACUGAAAUUAAAUCAAUUUGGAGACUCUUUGGAUUCUGAGAGAAGUGAAAGAAACAGAUUGUUUCGUUGCUAAUUUUUUUCCACGACACGACAGGUUGAUUUUAGAUCAUUAAAUCUUUUAGAUGCAUUUUAAAACUGUUUUCCUUCUGCAUCACAUACUUUAUUAUUAUUAUUAAGUGAUUUACAAAAACUUAAGGAAAACACUUUAAAAAUGAAUCUUCCUAUUUACAUCUGAUGUAUUCUUCUAAAUGUACAUGGAGCUGUACUGUAGAGGUGUUCCAGAUUAUUUGUUUACAUUUCGUAAACUUCUUUUCCUGUUGGUCUAAUCCAUUGAAAGCKUUUACAAUUAAUUGGGAAAUAAUUUCCAACCUCUCUCCUUUCAGACCCUGUUGUCCGUAACUGUUGUAAAUAUAUAUAUGCUUUUAACAAACCAGAUAAUGACUUUAAUGCUUCACUGUUUUAUUGUUAGGUGUUUAGGUGCUCAGAGCUGCGGUUAUUUAGGACCAGAUUUGGAGCAUUGCAAUGUGCAGGAAGUGGCAUUACCAAGAGUAGAAAAGCUGGAUUUGCGACAUUUUUUUCUUUUUCAUAUUCCACACGACACGUUUGCUAUUUUUUUUAUGUAUACAGCUUCUUUUAAGGGUUUAAAUAACAGAUUUGACGUUGAUUAUUGUUAUUUUUUACGUCUAUGGUAGAGAAGUAAUGACCAGUCUCCCUUCCAUGAUGACUGGGACUCGUCAGAAACGCGGGGCCAGGUCUGAGCCGGCUGAGAUGGGGAGUGCCUUUUGCCGAUCAUAGUGUAAUUAGCAGGUCUAACAAAAACACUUUUUUCCCCUUGUUUUUUUUUUUUUUUUUUUUUUUUUUACAUUCUGCAUUUUAACAUUUAUUCAACAGUAGAUUUCUUACAUAGCUUAGAAGACGUUUUCUUUUGGUUGGUAGUCUCUGUAGUCCACCACUAGUUUUAUUGAACGUGCAGCCAUUCUGCAUAGAGUCACGUGUCCUUGUUGUGUAGAGAAAGUAGAUCCAUAUUGUAUCUUCUCUAAAUAUUGUACUGAAUCCACCUUUCAAAGCUGUACAGUACAUUAUGAAAUUGCUUUGGCAGCAUACAUGGGCAUCCUUCUAACUGACCUGUGGGUGUGGAGUGGAACGUCUCCAUCAGCGUCUUAUUGCCUGAAAGGUUGAGAAAUGAUUUUGAGGGCAGCAUGAAGUUCACACGAUUACAAAAAAUAAACAAAAAAACAAGUCACUUAUGAUUUUUUUUAAAUUUUCUGAGUUAGUUUUCAGGGUUUGCACAUACACUGACUCUGAUGUUAAAUGGUUGAAUCGUUAUACCACUAGAGAAAAUGAGCUUUGCAUGAGCCACGGGUUUGUGUCGGAUCCAUGUUGGGUAGAGACGGGGAUCAGAGAGGAGCUGUGAUACACUACUGAUUCUCAAUCUGUUUCACACAUCAGUGACACUCCAGUUAUGACCUUUGUUUUCCUGUUCAAUUUUUUUUCUUUCUUUGCUCAAAUGGACGAUGGUGAUAAUUUUCAGAAAGGGUGGAUGCUUCCUUUGUGCUUUGUUGGAGCUGCUCUCACUUUUCUACCAACUGAAACAUGAAUUGUAGUGAAGUCGAUGCUCGCUCUUAAACAAAAUAAAGGACGAAGAGAUGGGAUAUGAA